AGAGUCGAAAAGUCUGCCAGAGACUUUUGAGUUUCAGACUUUCAGCUGCUGUUCUUUUGUCUCCUAGCUGCCUAAAGAGCAUCUCUCUCUCUCUCUCUCUCUCUCUCUCUCUCUGCCCAAAUCAAAAGGAGGGUUUAAAGUCAACGGCGAGAAGAUGAGUGCUUCAAGGUUAAAGUGUGUCAUCGUCGGUGACGGCGCCGUCGGCAAGACUUGUCUACUCAUUUCCUACACUAGAAACACUUUCCCCACCGGUGAUGUGUCAAAUGUUUUUGAUAAUGUCUGCGCCCAUGUGAUUGUCGAUGGGAGCACCAUCAACUUGGAAUUGUUUGACACUGCAGGACAAGAUGACUACAACAGACUAAGACCAUUAAGCUAUCCAUGUACUGAUGUCUUCUUGCUCGCAUUCUCUCUUGUUAACAAAGCGAGCUAUGAAAAUGUUGCUAAAAAGUGGGUUCCUGAACUCAGACAUCAUGCUCCUGAUGUUCCCAUCGUACUUGUUGGAACAAAGCUCGAUGCUCGAGAUGAUAAGCAGUACUUUCUUGAGCACCCUGAAGCUGUUCCUAUAUCUACUGCUCAGGGUGAAGAACUAAAGAGGCUUGUUGGAGCUUCUGCUUAUAUAGAAUGCAGUUCAAAGACACAACUGAAUGUUAAAGCUGUCUUUGACGAGGCCAUCAAAGUAGUUCUCGAGCCACCCAAUAACAACAACAUUAGUACAUCUCAGAAAGGCUGUUCCAUAUUGUGAUUGGAGAAAAGAAUAAACACGAAUCAACAGUUAGCUAAUCAUUGUUUCCGAGUGCCCAUUUUCUCUUAUUUCCAUUAAAUAAACAAGAAUCUGUUGUUUGUAGUCCUAAAAGCAGAACUCAUCAUUGGUCAAGUAUUUAAACUUUGGGGUUGUAUCUUUGUGUGCACUCUGUAUCUUUAAAUUAUUCCUAAGUGUUUACAUUUGCUUCGA